AUGAAAGACAUGUCAUCAGCAUUCAAUUCAACCCAACUUUUCAACGUCACAAAGCUUGAACCUGCCUUCGUUCAGCUUGGCGUAAAUAUAUUCCGGAUAAUUUUCUUCGCACUUAUUCUAUUACUUGGUGUUCCCGGUAACUCUCUCAUCCUCCGCGUGUACUGGACCAAGACUCUGAAGACAAGCACCCACGUUUUCAUCAUGACAUUGGCCUGGGCUGAUCUUGCUGUCUGCCUUAUCAAAGUAGCCAACAUUGCAUGGCGAGUUUUACUCUUGAUGGGGCACGAAAUACCCGCUGUUCUACGGCUUUUGUUGGCAUUUGAAACGACUGCCAUUGGUACCUCGAUUAUGAUAACGGCAGUGAUUGCAGUAGAUCGCUACGACUGCGUCUGCCGUCCACAUCGGCGGUUCUUCACUCACAGACGGGGAAAGAUAGCGGCCUGGGCAUCGUUUUUGUUCUCAGUUCUAAUAAACAUUCCAGCGUAUGUUGGAGUAUUCUCAUCCAUUCCUAUAUUGACCAUACUAAGAUUGGCAUGUCAUGCUAUAAUCUGUGUAACUACGCUCGUGAUGGUCGCCGUGUUCUACAGCUUAGUUUACAAAGCAAUCAGGCAACAUGUGAAAGUUGGGGCCAGUUCGUUGAGAACCCGUCGCAACGACUGUUCGACAAUUUGCCCUUCUACUGUUGUAGCCCCGGAACCUAGCUCAAUCGACGAUGGAUCAAAACCAAGUACUUCUAAGGUUCGGAGGUUCCGGGUUGCAUCUGUUGCUUCAUCGGCAAAGCAAACUCUCGCAACGGAUCUACAGACACGAUCUUCACUGGAUACCGAGUCAGGGUUUGAGGCAAACCGUCAAAGAACGCGCCCCGAUCGCGAACAGCCAUCCAACAUAAGUCAACUUCAGCGCAAGACAACGAAGAUGCUCUUUGUGACAAGUGUGUUUUUCCUCAUGACAUGGAUGCCAUAUUGGAUCAUUAUCAUUGUAAGUUUUGCCUCAACGGGCGGCCUGAACAUCGAUCCUACAUUCUUGCAAGUACUGAAUGAAAUGUCUCUCAUUUUAUACAUUAACCACGUCAUGAACCCAUUCAUAUAUGGAGUUGCAAACAGACGGUUCAGGAAAGACUGCAGAGAAGUGAUUCGCAAACUAAAGCUCUGCUAA